AUGCCACAGACUAUAUUUUCGAAUGAACCCGUGCCUCCACCAGGGAGUCCACGUUGGCGAGAGAAGCCGCGGGACGGCACGAAACCAACACGAUGGGCCCCGACUGACCCUCUUGGAUUCUCGAGUGAUCCAGUGGUACUUGAAUACGAUGAAUGGAAGGGAGAAUACGGUGCUCAAAAGCUCAUGACCAGUAAUUAUGGCCUCACCAAUUGUGUACCCGUGUUCAUGUCUCAAGAUCAUUGCGGCACUAUGUUUGAAUCAAACGGCAGGUACUAUCUUUGGGCUCGCGAGAGCAACAGUCUGGCGCGUAUCCUUCAUAGUCUGGAGGAGAUCAAGCAAAUAAUCGACGACUGGGGAGAGGGAGCACUGUCCACGGAGUGGAUGGGCUUUGUGUAA